CCUCGAGAAACGAAGCCAGAGACAAGACGUCUUCAGCCGUUCUCGACGAUUUCGACGCAAAAUAUUGCUGAUAUUCCGAUUUUCGUUCAUAUUUUACCGGUAGAAUUUGUCGCAGAGUCCUAAAGGACAAGGCAGUGGAAGGACGACGUGACAUCGCCUCGUCCAAGGCAGCUUCGUUAGAUUUCGGCAGACUUCGGCAACCCUCGUCAACUCCCGCCGAUCGACGACAGCCAAGUUCGCCCGUCCGAAGCAAACCAAAGACUCCUUAUAUAGUUUAUGAAUAGACUUUUAUGUUGUAAAAAGUUUCAAAAAUGAACGAAAAAAUGAAUAGAGUAGAUGAUAAGUUAGAUACUAGCGGUAGUGCUAGUAAUGCUAGUAAUAGUGUUGGGCUAAGUGUUACGCGCCCCUCCCCUGCGCAGUCUAACACGGAUGUAUCGAAAUAUGCAGAGGAACUGAGCAAAGACCCUACAGUCCUCCGCAGCGCGAACAGCAUCAGCAGGCUGUUCAGGGGUGGCUCCAAAAACAACGUCACCACCAUUUUUGCCCAAAACCUGAUCGAAUCCGCCACUGAAGACCUGCAGAUUGAGAUCGAAUCUUGCUCGUCCAUGUCCAGCGGCAGCUGUGAGUCUGGUAUGGACAUGAUGGACUCUGUUUUUAACAUAACCGGACUCAUCCACGCCGAGAAAAACCGAAUCAAGGGCGAACGGUCCAGGGAGGACGUCGGUCUCCUCUCGCAGAUCGCGAAGUUCAAGCCGGAGUUUCGCGCAACGACCGAGACUCACCAGAGGGAGAGUACUCACGAGCUCACGCAGAGACGCGACUCUCAGGGAUAUGACACGAUGGCUUACCUCCACAGAGGGUACUCCCUGACUAGGCUCUCAGAUCUGAGACAGGGAAAGAUCCGAACCGUGACAGGGAAGACGCUGCGGAUCAAGUGCUCCAAGACGAAUGAAAUCCUCCGCCAGAAGAUGAUCUAUAAUGCCAGACAGGAGUUGGCCCCUCCGAAAAAGAAGAAGUUCAAAACCAUCGCUAAGGCGGUCGCCUGGACCGUCAGGAACAGGUUGGCGUUCAUGAAGGGUGACCAAAAAACCAAGGAGCAGGAGGAAGAGGAGAAGCUACAGAAGUUGGCAAAGAUCUACGUCUCAAACAUCAUCAAAACGGCCGCCAAGAAGGUUGAGUUGGAGGAGAGGAAGGAGGCCAUAAGGCAGGAAAGGCGCCGCCGUGCCAACCGCAGAAAGUUCACUAAGACUCCGAACUACUUCGGGGAGCUGGAGGACUUUCCUGACCCGACCCCGUGGGUGCAAAAGUACGACAAGAACCACAACAAGAACAACAAAGCGCUGACGUACCUGGUCCGAGAGAUCCAGAGGGACAUCAAGGAGAACGAGUUGGGCCCUCCACGACCCGACCUGGAGGUGCCGUGCAGCAACCUCUCCCUGAGGCACUCCAAACACUCCGAUCUCAACCUGGCGCGUCAUGGCGACGACACUGAGGAGGAGCCAACCAUCUUCAGCGGGCGACAGAACUCCGCCAUCCACUUCGGAGGCAUCACAAGGAUUGACUCCGACACUCCUCAUGUCAGGGAAGAGGAUAAGCUCGGCAUCGCUGCUGGAGGGGCCCCUGCAAGUAAAUGA